UGGUCAUUUCCUUAAAUAUAUAUAAUUAUAUACAUAUGUUUUUAUAUUUAUAAUUUUAUUAUUCUUUGAAUACUUGCAAAAAUGAAUGAAAUUGAAUUUUUAAGUUAUAAUCAUAUUAUUGAUGUUUUCUCAGUAUUGAUUAUAAUUGGAUGUAUUUUUAUUUUCCAUCGUGCUAGAAAAAUUUAUAUGUCUAAGAAGCAAAUGCCUCUUGAAAUCAAAUUUCCCUUAUAUAUUGCUAUCACUCAUUUUUUGUUCGCAAUUUUGGAAAUUGCUCAGACAAUUAUAUACAUCGUAUGUAUUGAAUGUCGCAAGAACGCUUAUAAUAUAAUGUCUCACAUAAUUGGGGUUAUUUUAAUCGUGAAUUUACUUCUUGGUGCAACAAUUGCAAUAGAAGUAUGGAAAAUUUUAAAAAAUAAUUUUGAAGUAAAUUUUAGUUGGGGGAAAAAAGAUUAUAAACUUUGGCUUAUGGCAUUAACUGUUAGUGUUAUAUUCGAAUUCGGAGAUGAGUAUAGUCAACUUUUUGGUAAAGAAUUAUUUUUUAUAAGGUUCGAUUUGGUAAUAAGUUUUGUCUUCUUUCUUGUUACCAUUUAUUGUUUGAUAAGAAUUCAUAUAAGGUUAAAUAAGUUGGAUUCAAAUAUAUAUGAAUCUGAUAUAUAUAAUUCAAAGAAAUUAAAAUUUUAUAUUUUAGUAUUUUGUUUUCAAUGGGCAUUCAUUAUUUUAUAUUACAUUUUACGAAGAAUUACAACAUCAUUCUAUAUAGUAUAUGUUUAUAUCCUAGCAAUUGCAAUUGGAGGACUUUGUAAUGUUAUUGUAUUUAUAAGAAAUGAAGGAAUUUUCUAUAAUUUAGGAUCAAUUACACAAGAAGAAACACCAGAAAUAAAUGAUCCUGAAACUGGUACUAAAAUCCCGUCUACUGAGAUUAAACAAGAAAAUUCUCUUACUGAAAGUGUUUCUGAAUAAAAAAUUGAACAUUUUAUCAUGAUAUUAUAUAAUAUACUGAUAAAAUAUUUUGUAAAUAUAUUGUUAUGGGUAUUAUUAUAAAUAUAAAUUUUAUUUUUUUAUUGCCCAUGAAAUAAAAUAAUU